AUUCAUAAGCGCAACCUUGAGUGGCUUGUGCUCCGUGUUGUCGGGUGAUCGGAGUCGCAGGUAUUUAUGCUCCCAGUGGUUCCGGAAAUUCUCUUGUGAAGCUAAGUAAAUCUGCACCAGAUGAAGACGUCCUGCAGUCAUGCCUUCUGAUCCUGGCUCGCCCAAGUCCCAUUUCCCGCUCCUGGGUGCCAGGGACCGAGCAUCGCUGGCCCAUCCUGUCUCCUGGAGAGAUCCCGUCAGGGAUCCAUCAGUCACCAUGGACGCCUACCAGAACGGCGAGGGGGCCAAGGAAGCCGAGUUCCAGCGCAUCGCACAGAACAUAUCAACCAACAUCCAGAAAAUCUCACAAAAUGUGUCGUCGAUGCAGCGGAUGGUGCGUCAGCUGGGGACGCCGCAGGACACGGCCGACCUGCGCGCUCAGCUCCACCAGAUCCAGCACUACACCAACCAGCUGGCCAAGGACACGCACCGCAGCCGCAAGGACCUGGACCUGCUGCCGGCGCCGCUGUCGCCGUCCACACAGCGUCAGUGGAAGCUGCAGCGAGAGCGGCUCACCAACGACUUCACCACGGCGCUGAGCAGCUUCCAGAACGUGCAGCGCCAGGCGGCAGAGCAGGAGCGCGAGGAGGUGAAGCGCGCGCGUGCCGAGAGCGGCACCGGCUUCUUCACAGAGUCGGAGGGUGGCCGGCACGACCCGCUGGUCCAGCUGGGCGGCCACCAGAGCCAGACGCAGGCGGUGAUGGAGGAGGAGGAGCGGAUGCAGGAGCUCCGCGAGCGGGAGACGGCCGUCCGACAGCUGGAGUCGGACAUCAUGGACGUAAACCAGAUCUUCAAGGACCUGGCCACCAUGGUGCACGAGCAGGGCGAGGUCAUUGACUCGAUCGAGGCUAAUGUGGAGAGUACCCACAUGAACGUGGGCCAGGGCGUGCAGCAGCUGGCCAAGGCCUCCGACUACCAGAACAAAGCUCGUAGGAAGAAGUUUUGCCUGUUUGUGUUCUUGGUGAUCGUUCUCAUCAUUGUUAUCUCCGUCAUUGCCUACGAGUCGUCUUAAAUCGGAGCUGGACCCGCAAGCAGACGGUGACUCUGCUGGCCGUGUUCCUGUUCACGGCGCUCGUGAUCGGCCUGAUUCUGCGCGCCCGCUGGCGGCACUGAGCGCCCCGCCGCGCUCCGUGACGCCCCGUCACGUGACUCGCGUGACUGACGGCGUCACGCCCGGCCGACCGCCAUCGGCAGCUGCCGCUAACCACAGUGGCGGCGGAAGAUUGUAACGCACCAGCGGGCGCCCUGGCGAGGAAGAAUCAUUGCAGAAAUUUACGUCGCCGGUGGACGGCGACCGGAGAGGUUUUCCGAGAGACAGAAGCCGCGUUAGCUGCCCUGUUUAGCGUUCUGGGCGGCAGUGACAGUGUGCUGGCGGCACACCCAGCCGCGCCAGUCGACGUCGUAGAGCUUGGUGUGGGGCGUGAGACCACGGACCCGACUAGUAGCCGUCGUGGCGCGAUAUGUUUACCCCUGUAUCGUGGCCGGGUGGGCGCUGAGACAGAGCCCCGCGCGACUCCCGAGUGGAUCCAGUAAGCCAAGGUAGCGCUCAGCCGCGGCGAUCAAUUGCGGGUGGGAUGAUCCGCGCUCGGAGGCGCCGAUCGAACCGACCCCCGGCGGCUGGAGCGCUGGCUGCGUGUUGUGUAUAUCGCGGGACCGCGAGACAGCGGUGAGUAACGCUGCGGAAUGUAUUCGCUGUAUAUUCAGGCUGGUCACCUGCGGCCCUCCGCGACCGGCGGCUCUUGAGAACAAGUUAGGUUCGCUGUGAUAUCCGGCAAACGGCCGGGGACGGGCGCCGCCGCCGGAACGUUUGUGUUGCCGCUUCUCUGCAGCGAGCCCUAUCCCUCCCUUAUCUGGGUAUUUUGGUUUACUGAGGUGUUAUCUUGGUUCGGCUUGCACGCUCGGCAGCAGUUGAUGCGGACAUGAACUGAGCCCAUGUUUAUGGCGCCGUCUCAUUUGCGUCUUUGGGGAGGACAGAACACAACUGUACGGGAUUGCACGGUACGAAUAAUGACCGCGUGCAUGGGGCCACUGGAGGUGCGGUAGGUGACACUGUGCGUCCAGAUAUAUUCUAUUUAUUCAUUGCCGUGUGUUGAUUAUAUCUGCGUCGCGUUGUAUUACAUAUAUGCCUGUACCCACAUACACACUCACUCGAGAUGCAUAUGUUGAUUGUACGCUAGCGCUCGCUGUUCUGUUUUAACCUACAUUCGGUUUAGGCUUCCGAACAGCAUUCGCGGUGAAUUGUUGUCUAAUAAACGAUAUAAUUAGGUGAUAAA